AUGGUUACUGCUAACAAUAACAAGGUGAUGGUGGUGGAAGCGGAACAAGGUGAAGGUGGCGGUGGCGAGUUCGAGGAUCUCCCAGAAGGUUGCAUAGCGAAUAUUCUUUCGUUCACCACUCCUCGUGAUGCCUGCGUUCUCUCUUCGCUCUCAUCCUCCUUCAGAUCCGCCGCACAAUCCGACGUCGUAUGGGAGAGGUUCCUCCCCUCCGAUUUCGACGCCAUCGUUUCUGAAUCCUCGAAACCUCUCUCGUACUCGUCCAAGAAAGAACUCUACCUCCACCUAUGCCAUAACCCCCUCCUCAUAGACGCUGGUCAAAAGAGCUUUGCACUCGAUAAGCCCAACGGCACAAAAUGCUACAUGCUCUCCGCUAGAAGUCUCUCCAUUGUUUGGGGGAACACUCCUAGUUAUUGGAGAUGGACUUCUGUUCCAGCGACAAGGUUUUGGGAGGUGGCGGAACUUGUCAGUGUGUGUUGGUUGGAAAUAAAGGGAGGGAUUAAAAGUCGCAUGUUGACCCCAAAUACUCUGUACGGGGCAUACCUUGUGUUUAAGCAAAGGAGUAGAGGCGCGUACGGGUUUGAGAACCAGCCGGUGGAGGUGUCGGUUGGGAUUGCCGGAGAAGGUGAAGGUAGGCGGCGAACGGUGUACUUGGAGACGGCGACGCCGCGAAGGCCACGUCACCAGAUUGUUCCUCGAAUAUUCAGCCGCGUUCGUUCUCGUUUUCUGGAUAGUUUUGAUGCUGCACCACCACCGCCGCCACCACCCCGUGUUGAUGAUUCAGCGGUGGCAGGAGAGUAUCCGAAAGAGAGAGACGAUGGGUGGAUGGAGGUGGAAUUGGGUGACUUCUUCAGCGGCGGCGGAGGAGAGGAGAAGGAGGUGGAGUUUGGUGUGUAUGAGGUGAAGAGUGGGGAGUGGAAAGGGGGCAUUCUCGUACAAGGAAUCGACAUAAGGCCCAUAUGCAAAAACUAA